UAGGAGCUAACUGCAAUUAGGCGUUUUUGUUUUUUGUUUCUCUCACCUCUGUCCGUCUUCAACGGCGAUCAUCGGAAUCUCCAUAACUUAAUACCGCACCGCUUAAUUGGAUCAAUUGUCGCGGUUUGGUUGAGGGACGAUGGAUUUGGAGGUCGAACUCCCCGACGCCGAUGAGGCCCUGGACAAUUUCUACAGCGGCGAUGACUCCGACGACGCCGACGCCACCUACGAUUUCAUCGACGACGAUGACAACUUCGAUGAUGACUCCCACCACUUCACCUCCCAUCAUCGCCACCAGCAAAGAUAUACUAUCAUGAGUGAAGCUGAUAUUUGUCAACAACAAGAGGAAGAUGUUAUGAAGAUAUCUACAGUGCUCUCUAUUUCAAGAGUUGCCGCUGGUAUCCUGCUUCGGCAUUAUAAUUGGAGUGUCAGUAAAGUGCAUGAUGAAUGGUUUGCAGAUGAAGAAAAGGUCCGCAGGGCUGUUGGCUUGUUUGAAAAUCCUGUUCCUCUUCCAGGUGCUGGAGAAAUGAUGUGUGGAAUCUGCUUUGAAACCUAUCCUCAUGAUAGGAUGAGUGCUGCUGCUUGUGGCCAUGCUUUCUGUAAUGCAUGCUGGCAAGGUUAUAUGAGCACUGCAAUAAAUGAUGGUCCUGGAUGUUUGAUGCUACGAUGUCCCGAUCCAUCUUGUGGUGCUGCUGUUGGUCAAGACAUGAUUAACUUAUUGGCUAUUGAUGAUGAUAAAGAGAAGUAUAGGCGCUACUUCCUUAGAUCAUUUAUUGAAAACAACAGAAAGACCAAAUGGUGUCCUGCGCCAGGCUGCAAUCAUGCUGUGGAUUUUAUUGUUGGUAGUGGUAGCUUUGAUGUUACUUGCUCCUGCUCAUAUAGUUUUUGCUGGAAUUGCACAGAGGAAGCUCACCGCCCAGUUGAUUGCAGCACUGUAGCUAAAUGGAUUUUGAAGAAUAGUACGGAGUCUGAAAAUAUGAAUUGGAUAUUGGCCAAUUCCAAGCCUUGUCCUAAGUGUAAACGUCCAAUCGAGAAGAAUCAAGGUUGUAUGCAUAUCACAUGCACGCCACCUUGUAAAUUUGAGUUUUGCUGGCUUUGCCUUGGUCCAUGGUCAGAUCACGGUGAGAAAACAGGUGGUUUCUAUGCAUGCAACCGUUAUGAAUCAGCAAAACAGGAGGGAGCGUUUGAUGAAGCUGAGAAGCGAAGAGACAUGGCUAAAAACUCUUUAGAAAGAUAUACUCAUUAUUAUGAAAGAUGGGCUACUAACCAAUUGUCUAGGCAAAAAGCUCUUGCUGACUUGCAGCAAACGCAAAAUGUGCAUCUUGAGCAGCUAAGUGACAAACAGCGCCAGCCUGAAUCACAGCUCAAGUUCAUAAUAGAGGCCUGGCUACAGAUAGUUGAAUGUAGGCGGGUGCUAAAGUGGACAUAUGCUUAUGGAUAUUAUUUGCCUGAGCAUGAACAUGCCAAGAAGCAGUUUUUUGAGUACUUGCAAGGCGAGGCUGAAUCUGGGUUGCAGCGCCUUCAUCACUGUGCAGAGAAGGAACUGCAAGUUUACCUCAGUGAAGAGGAACCAUCCACAAACUUCAAUGCAUUCCGUACAAAGUUAGCAGGACUGACCAGUGUGACAAAGAACCAUUUUGAGAAUCUUGUUCGAGCUUUAGAGAAUGGUCUGUCAGAUGUUGAUUGUGGUGGGGCAUGCAGCCUCCCUGCCAGCUCCAAGAACUUGGGGCGUUGGAGCAGCAAGGGGAGAAGUAGUAGGGGCAAGGGAAUUGCAUCCAGAUCAAGCAGUUCUUCCAGAAAUCCUGAUGACUCGGGGCAUUGGUCUUGUGAAUAUUGCACUUAUGCCAAUGUGAAAUCGGUUACGGUUUGUCAAAUGUGCAUGCAACACCGUUGAGCCCAGUUCUGAAAGGGUCAGUUAAUGGAGAGAAGAAAUUCAUUUCUUCAGUUGGCUCCAAGGAGCCAUGAAUCCAUGAAAGGAGGAAGAGAAAAUUUUAUCCGAAUGCACUUGUUGCAGACUCUUGCCUUGAUCAUAUCAACAACAACUGUGGCGACCACAUCAUAUGUGGAUUUUCCACUCAUUUUCAAGAUGCUGUUGUAUCAAAUAGAUUUUGUACCAAAGCAUAUAUGAAGCUUACAUGUCUCCUCUUAUGUUCACUAUCAAUUCUCUUUUCCACAAGUUUCCUGUUAUUAUUCUUGUAAUAAACAACACUGAGCUAGAACUUACACACACAACCACUGCAUGCUUCUUCCUAGCUUGCACGCCCACAUAAAGACGACAUAAUAAUACAUUUACUUUGAUGCCCUGCUCAGAUUACACUACUCCUUU